AUGGCUACGGCCCCUUCACCAAGCUGCCCACGGAACGCUGCACCGGCUCCAUCCGCUCCAUUGUACGACACCAUGGUCACCAUCAAGGUCGGCAGACAGAAGCAAGCAUUCUUCGCGCACAAAGGGCUUAUCUGUAACUACUCGACGUACUUUAAGGCGGCCUUUCACGGACAGUUUCGAGAAGCUACGGCUGGAGCGGUCGAGCUGGAUAAUGAUGACGUCGAGGUUUUUAAGACUUUCUUUGGGUGGAUGUACACCGGCAAGCUCUUUGAGCCUUCAUCUGAACCUGGCAAAGUCCCCUUGACAGCGAAUUUGCUUGCAAAGAUCUAUGUUUUCGGAGAUGCCCGUGGCAUACCCGAUCUAAAGAACGCAGCCAUCGACGCUUUCGUCGACAAAAUCAUCGAUGACUGGAACAACGUGCCUGCAAGCACCAUCCCAUAUAUCUACGACAAUACUCCAGAAGACUCGAAACUCCGGAAACUGCUGGUUGAUAUGAUUACCUACGAGACCUUAGCAUCAGGCUUCACAGCUUUCCUGCGACACGUCCAAGGAGGGGUAGGAACUCGUGGCGCGACAUAG